AUGGCGAAAGGUGGCGCAAUCGGCAAGUUGGGCAAGCUUAAGUGCAUGAUCAAGCGGUGGCAGACCGCCUCUGGAAACAAUAGCAGGCUCCCCCGGUCACAAGGCAACAGCGCCUCCCAGAGUCUCCUCGAGCACCAUGGCGGAGUAGACGACGACAAGAUCCCCGGGGGGCUCCACCCGGUCUACGUCGGCAAGUCUCGUCGGCGCUACCUCGUCAGCUCCCACCUCAUCGACCACCCCCUCUUCCGCGUGCUAGUGCAGCGAUCGGGAGGAGACGACGGGGACGGCGGAAAGUCAACGACGGUGGUGGGCUGCGAGGUGGUGCUGUUCGAGCACCUACUGUGGAUGCUGGAGAAUGCGGAUCCCCAGCCCGAAUCUCUCGACGAGCUCGUGGAGUUCUACGCCUGCUGA